AUGCCGACAGGACACAGCAGGAGGGUGCAGCAGUAUCUGGUGGUCUUGGCCGUCACCUGGGGUGCCAGCUUCUUCCCCUCGCCAGCCCAGGCUUUGCAGAGGAUCGCGCUGCGGAGGAUGCCCUCCAUCCGCCAGACGCUGCAGGAGAUGGGAGUGAAGGUGUCGGACAUCUUCCCUGAGCUCAAGCAGAGCAGCCGCAGCGGCGUGGUCGGUCCCAGAAAUGGGACUGCUCCCACUCUCCUCACAAACUACCUGGACACCCAGUAUUUCGGCGAGAUCAGCAUCGGUACCCCCGCACAGACCUUCAAGGUGGUCUUCGACACGGGCUCGGCCAACCUGUGGGUGCCGUCCUACAAGUGCUCCCCCCUCUACAGCGCCUGCGUUUCCCACAGCCGCUACGACUCCUCCAAGUCACGGACGUACAUAGCCAACGGCACGGGCUUUGCUAUCCGCUACGGGACAGGGAGCGUCAAAGGCUUCCUCAGCCAGGACAUCGUUAUGGUGUCAGACAUCCCCAUCAUCCAGGUGUUUGCCGAGGCAACGGCGCUGCCUGCCUUCCCCUUCAUCUUUGCCAGGUUUGAUGGGGUGCUGGGGAUGGGCUACCCCAGCCAGGCCAUCGAUGGCAUCACUCCCGUCUUCGACCGGAUCCUCUCCCAGCAGAUCCUCAAGGAGGACGUGUUUUCCGUCUACUACAGCCGAGCUUCGAAGAAUGCUCUUCUGAAACCCGGGGGGGAAAUAAUCCUCGGAGGCAGUGACCCAGCCUACUACACUGGUGACUUCCACUACCUGAACGUCAGCAAGAGCGGCUACUGGCAGAUCAGCAUGAAGGGGGUGUCCAUAGGGGCUGAAAUCCUGUUCUGCAAGGAAGGCUGUUCCGUGGCCAUCGACACAGGAGCAUCCUACAUCACCGGCCCAGCCGGCCCCAUCUCCGUGCUGAUGAAAGCCAUCGGGGCAGCAGAAAUGGCUGAAGGAGAGUAUGUGGUGGACUGCGACCGAGUCCCUCAGCUGCCCAACAUCUCCUUCCACCUGGGCGGGAAGGCAUACACGCUCAGCGGCUCAGCCUAUGUCCUCCGGCAAUCCCAGUACGGGGAGGACAUCUGCGUGGUGGCUUUCUCGGGGCUGGACAUCCCACCUCCGGCUGGUCCCCUCUGGAUCCUGGGUGCCAGCUUCAUCGGACACUACUACACCAAAUUUGACCGGCGCAACAACCGCAUCGGCUUUGCCAUGGCCCGCUGAUGGCCGGCAGGGGCCGUGGAGAGGGAUGAGGGAACCAGCCUGGAGGCAAGAGUACCUCCUAGAAGAAAUGAUUUGAAGUGCAAACGAGAACAGCGUUUCCUUACAGCUCAGCCACCUCCUCUCUGUACUGAAGCAACUGCAAAACCUCGCCUUCUCCCACUCGAAAACCCCCGCUCUGCUUCCCGAGAGUCUCUGCUGCUGGGGAGAACUGAGCCUUAAACGCAUCUUCUAGUGAGCGUGUUCAGUCUGGAAAUCAAAGCGGGAUCCUGUGUCCGGAGCUGCACCUCCAGGGACUUCUAGGGUGAUGUGCAAUAGUACAACUGGCAUGCAGUGAAUUGCUGCUGGUGUGGAGGUGCUUGCAGGUUGCAGACAGACUGAGGAGGGAUGAUCUGUUACAGUUCGUGUUAUUCUUUGAAUGGGAGAAAAAUAAUCUGGCUGUGUUUAAUGAUAGUUUUAGCUGGUAUUAACCCUACCCCUCUCCGUGACUUUAAUAUUAAACAAUCUUAGAGCAACAGGACACUGAGUGGAUGCUUAUUCUUGCAGAGGGGAGAGAUCGGACACUUUUAUUAAGAGAACUGGACAACAAGUGUUCCUCUGCUGGGAUCCACCACUGCAUUUAUGUCCCUCCCUGUUUCACAAGAGUGAAACGCCCUCCCAGCUUAGUGCCACAGCACCUACGUGUAGGCAAAUCGGGGUCUUUUCAAACAUUGUGCUGUGUGGGCUACACAUGCCUCAACUUGCCUUCCCAUGGGGGGCUCAGGACCACUGGUCACACUGCUGGGGACAGAGGGACAGGGCCGUACAUCUGCUUCGCUGCUCUUUGGGGAGGGGAAGGUGCCUGCAGAUCUGAUUAAGGGUGGCUAACUUUGUCCCACUAGGAAGGCAGCUCUUGCUGCCCCGGUGCCCGGAUCUGUUUCCAUUGCCACGUUGGCUCCAGCUAACAACUAGAGGCUUGUC